AUGAGUGGAAAUGAGGACGACUGGCUGGCGCACAAACCCCGGGAACCUUCUCCAUCCCAGUGCUGCGGCAGCGGCUGCAAACCCUGCAUCUAUGAUGCGUAUGAGAAGGAGCUUGCACAAUGGGAAAGGGCCAAAGCAAAGCAAGACAAAAGCCUCCUUAUGGAAAAGAAGGAGCAGAGCAGUAAUUCAGAGCUGAAUCCAGAUACAUUUACUGCAUUCAGCGUAAGCUCGGUGGAGCAGCUAACAGAGGACACCUACCAGUACAAAUUUGAAUUACCAGGAAAUAGCAGUCUGCGAUUGAGUUUAGGACAACAUAUCGUGUUAAGGCUUAUCUGCAGCGUCACCUCUGCGUUGUCUGCCGCAGCCUGCUAUGAAGCCGGGCUAAUGUCACAGUACAUAAAAACGUGGAAAAAAGGAGACGUGGUCUUUUGGCGUGGGCCGUUUGGAGGGUUCCCAUAUCAACCUAAUAAGCACGGAGAACUCCUCAUGCUGGCAUCUGGCACUGGCCUCGCACCAAUGCUUCCCAUCCUCCAGUCCAUAACAGAUGAUGAAGAGGAUGAAACCUUUGUAACCCUUGUUGGCUGCUUCCCUACCUUUGACAAAAUUUAUGUGAAACCUCUUCUCCAGGACCUGGCUCGAUACUGGAACAUCAGGAUAUUUUACGUCCUAAGCCAGGAAACUUCACUGGAAAAACUUCCCUGGAGCUAUCAGGAGAACACGUACACCGGUCGUCUCAAUGAAGGCCUGAUGAAGACUAUACUGAAUUCCUGUCGAAGAAGGCCAUUUGUAUUAAUCUGUGGCUCUUCUUCAUUCAAUGAAGAUAUGAGUAGAUACUUGAGAGCUGCAGGAGUUGAAGAAAAUUCCUGGUUUGUCUUUUAGCAGGAUAUUCCUGACCUGAGGGACCUCAGGAUGUCCUUGUUUCUCAUCAGACAUUGCUC